AUGAUUCCCACUCCUGACCCCAUAACCAUCCCCUUCUCCUAUGAAAGUCUUCCAACAACACACAUCAAACUAAACCACCAGCCAGCCGGUGCCAAAGAGGCCACACCAGUUGUGGUGGUGACUCUAAACCGACCGGAAAAACACAAUGCCUUCACCCUAGACAUGAUGCGCGAUUUCGAGAAAGUCUAUCCAAUGUUUGAUGUGGAUGAGCGCGUCAAAGUCGUUGUCCUAACCGGCGCGGGCAAGACGUUCUGUGCCGGCGCCGAUCUGGAAAUUGGAUUUCCCCAGACACAGAAAGAGAGACCAGUGGACCACCGAGAUAGUGGCGGCCGUUUGGCGUUGGCGAUCUACCGAUGUCGCAAACCGACGAUUGUGGCGAUGCAGGGGUCUGCUGUUGGGUUGGGAAUGACUAUGACUUUGCCUGCGGCCAUUAGAAUCGCGUACGAAAGAGGCAAGUACGGCUUCGUUUUUGCCCGCCGCGGCAUCACCAUGGAGUCAAGCUCUUCGUUCUUUCUCCCUCGCUUGAUUGGCUUCUCGCGCGCAAUGUACCUGCUAACCACGGGUGGUCUUUUCCCUCCAAACUCCAAGCAUUUUGGGCCGCUUUUCGCUGAGACACUACCCCAUGCAGAGAAAGUGCUGCCGCGGGCACUGGAACUGGCGACUGAGGUUGCGGAGAACGUGAGCCCACUGGCGUCGUAUCUAAAUCAUUCGUUGAUGUGGAGGGGACCUGCCUCGGCGGAAGAGUCGCACUUGGUUGAUUCGGCGGUGCUUUACCAUAUGUUCAGCGGAAAGGACCAGAAAGAAGGAGUGGGCGCUUUCUUUGAAAAGAGAAAGCCUGAUUUUAAGGCUACGCUGGAAGAGGAUGCGCCACCAAUUUUUCCGUGGUGGUCUGAAGUGGACACCGGAAAUAGGCCUAGGGCUGAGAAGCCGAAGCUGUAA